AUGGAUCCUCAUACUGCGGACACCGUGCGUCAGGCCGUCAACAUCGCGCGCAGCAAAGCGCAGGUGUUGUAUACCACCGCGAACGACCCGAGCCUGAAUCACCUGAAAAACGCGGUCAUCGCAUAUCUACUUUUGCGAUAUGCGCUGAAGCUGGAACGUCACCUCUUUGCUCGAGGGCCUAUCCAAACCGUGAAAGAUGUGCUCUCGUGGGUCUCUUUGCAAGUGAUUCUGCUGGUACUGAGAUUACCUCCCGGACGCAACAAGGUAGAGAGAGAACUCGGGCAGGUGAAAGAGACCAUUGAGAAGAGCUUGGUCCCUCAAGGUCCUGGCGUUGUAAGACAUCUUGCUCUCCCGGCGACAGGCCAGUCACCAGAAUGGAUCAUCGCUGAGAUGACCAAGAUGGACGAGGAGGCACACCAUGCUGACUGGGCGGCAGGGAAGGUAUCUGGGGCUGUCUACCACGGUGGUCAGGACAUCAACCGCGUCAUUCUCUCCGCCAUUGAGCAUUACUCGUUCUCGAACCCACUCCAUCCCGAUGUCUUUCCUGCGGUGCGCAAAAUGGAGGCGGAGAUCGUGUCUAUGUGUCUGAACAUGUACAACAAUCCGAAUGGUGCCGGCGCAACGACCUCUGGCGGAACGGAGUCUAUCAUUAUGGCGGUGAAGACGUAUCGUGACUGGGCUCGGGCAACCAAAGGUAUUACGGAACCAGAGAUCGUUGUCCCCAUCAGCGCACACGCGGCGUUUGACAAGGGCGCAAAUUACAUGGGCAUCAAGGUGCAUACGAUUCCUGUUCACCCGGUGACCCGUAAAGUCCAGAUCCACCGCGUCGCUUGGGCAAUCAAUCCUAAUACCAUCAUGAUCGCUGGCUCUGCAAUCAACUUCCCCGACGGCUGCCAGGACGACAUUGUCGCUCUAGCCAAGCUAGCGAAGAAGCACAAGAUCGGUCUGCACGUCGACUGCUGCCUUGGUGGAUUCAUAAUGCCCUUCUUGGAGGAAGCUGGGUUCCCUGUCGAACCGUUCGACUUCCGCGUCGAUGGUGUGACGAGCAUCAGCUGCGAUACCCACAAGUAUGGGUUCGCUCCUAAGGGCAAUUCCGUGAUCAUGUACCGCAACGCUGAGCUGCGUCGCCACCAGUACUAUGUCAACCCAGACUGGGUCGGUGGUGUGUAUGCAAGCCCGAGUAUAGCUGGAUCACGCCCGGGUUCACUCAUUGCUGGAACAUGGGCCGCGCUGCACUACGUGGGCCAUUCCGGUUACGUCCAGUCCUGCCGUGACAUCGUGUCCACCGCCAAGGAUAUUGCAUACCGUAUCACGACGGAAAUCCCAGAGCUGUACGUGCUUGGCAGUCCGCCUGCAUCCGUCGUCGCGUUCUCGUCGACGAUUCCGACGCUCAACAUCCUCGAGGUUGGCGACAAGAUGUCGAAGAAGGGCUGGCACCUGAAUGCACUGAGCAACCCCGCUGCUCUGCAUAUUGCUUGCACGCGUCCGACUGUGGGGCAUGUGGACAAUCUAAUCGACGAUCUCAAAGACGCGAUCCGUCAAGCUAAAGGAUCGCCUUCAGGCAAGGGUACUAUGGUGACACUCUACGGUUUGGGCACGUCAAGCGCUGUUGGCCCGGCGAUGGUGGGACGGGUCGCGACGCUCUUCAUCGACACUCUUUACAAAGCAUGA